GAGGAAGGAACAAGCUGACAUUUUAACAACAAAAACGGACGCUUUUUGUGACUUUUUCUGUUAUCAGGGGAAUAGUCUUAACAGGCUGGUAUAGUUUUAUUUUAAAACGCCUUAACGAACAUUAUUCGGCUUCCAGUUUAAGUCUGUAUUUCUAUUUUCAUUACAGAAGCCUCUUCGGUGCAUUUCUUCGAUCUUUAGUCUAGAGUUUACAAGUCAGAGUUAACAAGUCCUUGUCUGACAAUUGUAAUUAAAUCGUAAUCAACGUUUUUCACGUGAAAUAACAGCUUACGAAGGUUUCACUCAUAAGAAGGGAUUGCUGAAAAAUGAUUUAAAUAAGGUUGUUAAAUAUUUUCUUUUUGUUACUAUUUCGCUUUGGUGUGCUUUGUAUAGACCAGAGGAGAGCACAAACUUGAAAAUCACAGAUGAGAACACCUUCCUAGUUGACUCUGGAUCACAAUUCUUGUAAGUAUCGAAGUAGCAACACUCGGACAACAGUUAUUGACCAUCCCAAAUGCGUAGUUUUGUUUGGUAACAGUCAUCUACACUCUCUUGAGGAACAAAUUGUAGAGCUUAGAUGGUAAUGCGAAAUGCGUAACCAUAAAUCCUUCACUACUUUAAUUGCAUUUCUGCAGAGACGGAACAACGGAUACAACUCGCACGGUACACUUUGGAACACCUACACCCCAUCAAAAGGUACAGUUGCACUAGAUUUCCUGCGUAUUCUCCUUAAUGGACCUCGUUUAAAAUCUCGUAGCACAGUGUCCUACAUAAACAUGGUCUAGAAAAAAAGGUUGCACAAUAUCUACAGAAGGACACUUUUGCUACUUACGGAUUCCAUGCGCACCAAGAUUUCCCUACCGAGUGUCUCUUUCGUAGUAUGGAGAAAAUUAUGGCAAGCUUGUCUAUGACAACUUCUUUACUUGACAGUUGACUAAACCUACUUUUGGAGUGAAAAAUUGUUAAGCAACAAAACCUUUUGGCUACGGCACUUGCUAAGCGUAGAUGACCGAUGAAGAGUUUCAUCGAGGACACUGUUGAGGCUUUGAAUGGAAUUUGUACUUUAAGACAUUUGCUUUGUCUAACACUGAUUAUCGCGCUCUACCAUUCUUAAAACACCAAGGAAAGCAAAACUUAAAAUAGGGGUGACACUAAUCCACAAGUUUUGUGACCAAAACCAUUUCCUCACCCAAUCUUUUUACACGGAAAAGGUACUGGAUGACUACGAGUUUAAUUUGCCAAUCGAUUUUAAUUUACAGGAUGCCUAUACACGUGUCUUGAAAGGUCAGAUUGACCUCGCUUUGACUGUGUUUCCGGAAACCACUCAAGGUUUGUAGUGUUGCUCCCGUAAUGGAUGAUAGAGGUGCAAUAGAGUUUUUUGGGAGUUAAAAAACCUACUUAACUGGCUAUGGACGCAAGUUAAUGCCAUCCCACGUUCUCGAUAGGGCGCUUUCUAGAUGUUAUCGCUCGAAAAGAACUGUGGAGAAAUGGUUUGGACUACAGACACGGCACCGGACACGGAAUAGGAAUGUUUUUAAGUGUACAUGAAGGUGAGGCCAGAGAAAUGGUUAGAGUAACUAAAGCUGAUAAAGCCAGUCAAACCGUUAAUAAAUGUCACUAAUCUACUAUGUAGGGCCACAGAAGAUAUCCAUUGGUUGUCCAAAGCCUUGGGAAAAACCCGUCGUUCCUGGAAUGUUCCAGUCGGAUGGUAAGCUUACUGUGAUCUUCUCCACAGCCAGAAUACCUUUAUCAGAGUUUUAUGCCUCAUACUCCUAUUUGAAUGCGGAAGAAACAAAGAACAGAAAGGGUGCGUACACAAAUCGCAUUCUUCUGGAUCCUGAAUUUAGGAGACGUUGGACGAGUUACAUGGCUGUAAAGUUCCAUUUCCUUUUAUGUUCCCAUGCGGAGAUAUUGGAUGAUUCCUUUUUAUUUAGAACCAGGGUAUUAUGAGGACGGAACGUUUGGUAUCCGACUGGAAACAGUGAUCAUGGCUGUCGACGCUGAAACUAAGGUGAGACGAACGGUCACGCCUUCCUUUAAAUAACCAGGAAAGCUGGAUGAAACUUUUAGUACGAAUCCUUCGCAACAAUCGUCUCAGCUCGUCACUGAACUCACAUCUUGAUGCGGAAUGGGACAGUUUUUCAUGACGAGCUCAAACGACAUCUGCGAGUCUUAAACAAUAAUUUUUUAAUACACUUUGACUAUGGAUGUUGGUGUGACAACAGCAGCGAGAAUUUUUAACACAAGUUACCUUGUUGUUUUAUGUCAGCUAAAGCCUUACCUUACAUGGAGUCACAUAACUAUUUCAUUCUUCAAUUAGUCAUUAAAGAGGUUUACUCACUUCCAAAAUCUUCUGUAUAAUGCCUGUCUGUCAUUUUGCAAUCGCUACUGCUCGUUGACAACAAAAUUAUGAAACAAAAACCUCUUACUCCACUACACCCUUCUUUCAUAGGAAGUAGAAAAUGUUUAGACCUUUCGUCAAUUAACGACACUAUAGUGAUUGAUGUUAUUCGUUGUCUCUCUCUCUCUUUCUCAGAACACCUUCAACGAUGUUAAAUACGUGAAAUUUGAACCUGUGUCCUUUGUAAGUACAAAAACGUUACCUUUGUAAUCAGAAGACGGAAUCAUAAUGAAAUGUUACUUUUAACUCUUAGUUUUACCCCACGGUUUGGUUGUGUCGAGCUUGGACGUGUCGUAAAUUACUCGAACAUUUGUGUCUCUCUUCCCUCGGCUGUUGGAACGUUUUUAUUGUAAUGAGAGGAAAAAAAGUCAUCAUGGAGGGUGAAUCACACAGCCGGGUGGGAUGGGCUGAACCUAUAGUUCAAUAGCAGUCGUGAACGAGCAUAACGCUGGUGGGGAAAACCGUUUUUCGUCUUGGGGCAAAGAAAAAAAUUAUAAUUUCCCACGAAGAAUCGAGCCUCAGACCUUCGGAUUUCGCGCUCCGAUGCUCUACCACUGAACUACAGUGACUCUGUGGUGAGCAAUGCAGAUUACGAAGUUCUCAUAUGACACGGUAGUGUAUCGGAGUAUCGCAACGCGGAAUCUGAAGGUCUGAGGUUCGAUUCUUCAUGGAAUCUCCUCUCAUAUUUUCACGGAAUAUCCUCUUCAUAUUUUCUUUACCGAGGUCAAAAUAUACCAUCUUUCUUAUUAUAUUUACAAACAUGAGGCUAUCGACAACGCUGAUCCUAGCAGUAUGCAGGACGCGUGUUAGAUACGAACUUCGUAAUGGGCUUCCCCCCCUGAUGGAGUCUCGGUGGUUCAGUGGUAGAGCAUAGAAGCGCGGAAUCCGAAGGUCUGAGGUCCCAAUCCUCAUGGACACUCUGAAUUUUUUCUUUGUACCACGCUCGUGACAAGACGGACAACAUCUUUCUCUUUCCCGAGCACACACUUUUUCUUUUUCUUUCCAGAGUUCAAACUUACCACCUUUCUUAUUCAAUUUACAAACAUAACGCUGACGUAAUACGGAAGUUGUGUCUAAACAGAGUUUAAUAAAAGAAGUGUUUUUCCAGUUGUUGACUUACGUACCAAACGGCCGAGAAGCCAAUCUCAGGUCGCACCUGAUAGAUCGUGAAUUUGACGCAUGACGAAAGAGUGUGUUGUUUAACCAGAUUUUAGUAGCCGAGCACAUGAAAGCACUGACAAUGAUAGACAUGUGUAAUCGACAGGUGCCAUACUGGAAGAAACUGAUCGACGUGAGCAUCAUGACUCCCAAGGAGGUAAUUAAUAUUCGUCAAUCUAAGGAGAGAAUUGCGUGACCAUUCCAGGCGACGGUUGGCAACUAGGACUUGGGGGAGGUGUUUAUUUUGCAUAGUUGUGGACCUUAAAUGAAGUGUCUCACCACCUGAUUUCUCGUCUAACCUAUUAUUCCAAAUUAUUUCCUUUAAAUGAUUGUAAAUAUUUUAUUUACGCUUUGUCUGCCUCGAACAGUUUUUAUCCGAUUACCUCCAUGAAAUGAAUUGGAGUCGAACGGCUGCUUUGCCGGACGGCUUCACAUAAACAAGCCGUUCAGAAUGAUAAAAAAAAUAUCAAAAAUAGACUGGUUAUGACUACUCCUUCCCCUCCUUCUCCCCUCCUUCCACCCCUCUCUCUCUCCCUCUCGACCAAAUCUCCUCUCGACCAAAUCUCCUCCCGUCCGUACCUCUCGAGAGAACAGUAGACUAUUAACAGUCUAAAUCUGAAUUAAAACUUUAAAUCGUAACGAAACAAAGACAUCAGUGACUGACUUAUUUGCUUCUUAUCGCAGAUUGAUUGGUUGAACGAUUACCACAAACAGUGCCGAGAAAAGGUUGGCAAAAUGUUAAAAGACCAAAAAAAGGAGGACGUUUAUAAAUGGUUGGUGGAAGAAACUGAACCAAUCUCCACGACAAAAACAGAAGUAAAUGGUGGGCAGAUGCUGGCGGUCUCUCUUGUAACGAUCUCGUUUUCUUUCCUUUCCUUGUUUUCCCUUCUGUAAAGUAACAUGCUAAUUGACAGAAUGCACGUCCAUGGUAGUAAGGAUUUUCAAAAGCCAGGUAGCAUUAGAAUAGCCAUUUCGUGGGAAAAGGGAGUCCUCUUUUAUCAUUUCGAUCAAGUUGUCAGUUUUUAAUAGCAUAAAUGUUAUGGUUCAAUUUUUU